GGUUGUUAAAUUGAAAACGCGCGUAAAAUAAGCCACACAUAUACACACUUACAUCUCACUCACACACACACACACGUUGUCACGUGUACGUUAAUAAUAUCGCGACCAAAUCGCGAGCGCGAUAAUAACCGCGUCGUCUCGUUGCAGUGUUCGGUACACACACACACACACACUUAUACACCCACAUGCAUACAGCUAAAGAGUUCGAUUUUGCUUUGCCGCUCGAUCAAUAGACACUCUCUCGCUCUCGCUCUUGCUCUCAAUUUUUGGAGCAUACAAAAUGGCGUCAACGGAGACGCCAACGUCGCGGCCAAGUAACGAUCGCGGCAGCACCAGCACCACAAGCACGAGCAGCAACGUCGCCACCGCUGCCGCUGCGCAAACAGACAGCGAAACCUACGCCACAGAGCAGGCGCAAGCGGCGCAGCGACAGCGCAGCGGUGGUGGCGGCAGCGGCAGCGGUAGCGGUAGUGGCGGCAGCAAUUCGCCUACACCACAAAAGGAUAAACCAAAGGCCGUUAGCCCGCCGUUAACAACACCGCCGAGCGCCAGCGGUGCCGCCGAUGCCGACGUCAGCGGCGCUGCCAACGCGGGCAGCUCAUCGCCCAGCUCCAGUGCGACGACAACGACGACGCCGCUCCAGCAGCAGCAGCAGACGCCGCUGCCGCAGCAAUUCUGCCUACGCUGGAACAACUACCAAUCGAAUCUGACCACGAUCUUCGAUCAGCUGUUGCAGAACGAAUCCUUUGUGGACGUGACGCUCGCCUGCGACGGCCGCUCGAUCAAGGCCCACAAAAUGGUGCUCUCCGCCUGUUCGCCCUAUUUCCAGACGCUGCUGGCCGAGACGCCCUGCCAGCAUCCCAUUGUCAUCAUGCGCGACGUCAGCUGGUGCGAUCUCAAGGCCAUUGUGGAAUUUAUGUAUCGCGGCGAGAUCAACGUAAGUCAAGAUCAAAUCGGUCCGCUGCUGCGCAUCGCCGAGCUGCUGAAGGUGCGCGGCCUCGCGGACGUCACCCAAAUGGAAGAAGUCAAUUCUGCAGCAGCAGCAGCAGCGGCGGCGGCAGCGGCAGCGGCUGCAGCAGCAACAGCGACCGCCUGCUCCUCGCCCGCUCAACUGUCGCCCAAGACGCCGUUGGAGCGCGAACCGAGCGACGAUCUGCUCUCCUUUAUGCAGCCGGAGAAGAAGUUGCGCACCAGCGACUGGGAUUGCGGCGAGCUGCGUCUUUCGCCGCAGCAGCAGCUCCAUCACCAGCAGCAGCAGCAGCAACAGCAGCAACAACAACAGCAGCAGCAGCAGAGCCGCAAUGUGCGCAAGCGUCGCUGGCCCUCGGCUGAUGCCAUAUUCCAGGCGCCGCCGAGCCCAUUGAGCAGCUUGAUCGCUGCCGAGCGACUGGAGCAGGAGCAGAAGGAGCGAGAGAGACAGCGCGAUUGCGGCCUACUGACACCGCCGCCCAAGCCAAUGGGCGCUGGCAGCGGCAGCCUGACGCCGCGCCGCUUGACGCCCGCAGCACAAGCGCUGGAGACGGCGCUGCAUGGCCUGGAAAUGCCCUCACCUGCAACGACGCCAGCGCCACCGGGAGCUAGCCGCUGCCCACGCUCGCUGCCCAGUCCACAGCAACAGCAACAACAACAACAGCAGCAGCAGCAUCUCCAUCAUCUGCAGCAGCAACAGCAACAGCAUCACAUCUCCACUUCCGCUUCCAGCACUUCCGCUGAGUCGCGAUUCCCGCUCGGCUCUGCCGCGGCCAUGGCCGCUGCCGCCAUGGAGCUCAGCGUCGCUGCUGCCGAGCCGCGACUGCCGCCACCGCCGCCCCACCAUCACAGCGGACCGUCCAGCUCAGCUUCGCUCGCGGACGACAUGGAGAUCAAGCCGGGCAUCGCGGAGAUGAUACGCGAGGAAGAGCGGGCAAAAAUGAUGGAAAAUUCACACGCUUGGAUGGGCGCAAGUGGCUCAACUUUAGCAGCAGACAGCUAUCAAUAUCAGCUGCAGUCGAUGUGGCAAAAAUGCUGGAACACUAAUCAAAAUUUAAUGCAUCACAUGCGGUUUCGCGAACGCGGACCACUAAAAUCAUGGCGACCCGAAACGAUGGCCGAAGCCAUUUUCAGCGUACUAAAGGAAGGACUUUCACUAUCACAAGCGGCGCGAAAAUACGAUAUACCCUAUCCGACAUUUGUGCUCUACGCGAAUCGGGUGCACAAUAUGCUCGGCCCCUCGAUCGAUGGCGGACCCGAUCUACGACCCAAGGGACGAGGUAGACCGCAACGCAUUCUCCUGGGUAUCUGGCCGGAUGAGCAUAUCAAGGGCGUCAUCAAGACGGUCGUGUUUCGCGACACUAAGGACAUAAAGGAAGAUAGCCUAGGCGCACAUAUGCCACCGUACGGUCGGCAUUCGCCCGUUUUUCCCUUGCAGGACAUGACGCUAAGCUAUCCAGGUCAGCCGGUGGGCGGAGGAGCCGCCAGCCUCAGCGGCCUGGCCUGUCCCAAUGGUAUGGGCAGUGGCGGCGGCGUGGGAGGCGCUGCCAGUGGUGCGGAGCAACAAAUGUCGCAGGAGCAGAUGUCCGCGGUGGCUGCCGUUGCACACAAUAUACGCCAGCAGAUGCAAAUGGCCGCCGCAGCGCAGCAUCAGCACGGGGAGGCGGGGCCGCAACCACCCCCACCGGGUCCGCCGGGCCUGUUCAAUUUGCCGCCCCAUUUGACGGGCGGAGCGGGACGGGCUAGCAUAUCGCCAGCAUUGAGCAGUGGCUCAAAUCCAUCGCUGGGAGCACGGCAUGCGCCCUCGCCCUGCGGUCCCGCCGGCCUCUUGCCGAAUCUGCCGCCCAGCAUGGCCGUUGCACUGCAUCGAGAUCCGGCAGCGGCUGCACUACUCAGUCAGCAGCAGCAGCAUCAUCUGCAGCAGCUGCAGCUCCAUCAGCAGCACCAACAGCAACAACAACAGCAGCAACAACAACAACAACAGCAGCAUGCUUUGCAUCAACAGGCAGCAGCAGCUGCUGCAGCGGCGGUCGCUGCUGCUGCAGUGCAGCAUCCGCACACACAUCCGCAUUCGCAUCACAUGCAGACACACAAAUCCGGUUUCGGUGCCAGUUCCAUGCAGCAUCAGCAGCAACAGCAACAGCAGCACCAGCAACAGCAGCACCAACAACACCAGCAACAACAACAACAACAGCAGCAGCAGCAGCAGGACAAGUCCAAGGCGAAGAGCAGUCCGCCGCGCUUGCAUUCGCCGCUGGCGGAGUUGGGCUUGGAGCUGGGCUACAAGCGUGACUUUUCGCCUACGCGACUCUUUGCCGAAGAUCUGGCAGAGCUAGUGGGCGCCUCCUCCACCUCCACGUCUGCAUCAACUACAGCAGCAGCGACGCCUGCAGCGAGCGGAACGCCCGUUGGAGCAGCAAGCGGCACAGCCGGUGGAGAGAUGUGCGCCAGUAGUACUGGCAGCGGGAGCGGCAGCUCCAUCAAGGUGGAGCCCAUUACGACCAGCGGCGAAUAGAGUCGAAGCUCCAGCUCCAACUCCAAACUCAACUAAAUCAAUCAAUCAAUCAAAAGAGCAACAAAUUUUCCUUUUAAUUAAGCAAUUGAGAUUUGAGUAAAAUGGAAAUUUUAAAGGUUUAACAAAUCUGAUUUAAACUAUAUAGUAUUUAAUAUGAAAUACAUAUGUGUAUAUAAAUUGAGUUAUACAUUAUAAUUAUAUAUAUACAUAUAUACAUUUAUGUGUGUGUAAUGUAUACAAAGGUGGUCUGAAAAAUUGACAAAGCCUAAAAAAGAUUUUUUAAAUUAUUA